CUCGGUGCAGGUGUAGCGGCCUCACGGCCCCGCCCGGCCCGUGACCCUCGGGCCCGGACGGUCCCCUCGUUCCGCUUGCGCUUCCUGUCCCCGCCCGCGCUCGGGCCGGACCUGCCCCCGCCUAGAGGCUGAGGUGCCCUUUAUAGAGUUGCUGAGGCUGAGACGAGAGAGAGAGGUCGAGCUGUAGCUUAAAUAUUGUUAACGCAACCGCUGUCGACUUGCCUGGCUUCGUUCUGAAUGAAGAAAAGGUGAUGAACAAAGUUAUUACUAAGAUAAACAAGAUAUGUGCCUACAACUGUGCUCGCGAAAGGGUGAGAUGUUUCCUCCAGGGUAUUCGGAUACCCUGGGGCUGGUCCAUAAACUCUAAUGCUGCAGGACCACAGUAUAUAUUAAGAGUCACCUACAAAUCUCUCCGGAGCAAGUCCACACUAAUAUUCACCACCAGCAUUAUUUGCUUUCUUGAUUUUGAGUCAAGGCUGCUUGAACGUUAUUACUAAUUGUUGUUGUUUUUAAGGGGUGGGUGGGAGAAAACGGGUUAAACUCCCUAGCAACAGCAGCAUCUCCAAAUGUGUGUCUCAAGGUUUUCAUAAAAAGCUUCCAUCUCAUGUCUGCAAUCUGAAGAAUUUAAAUUGUGAGGGUCAAAAAUUUUUAGAACUCAAGUGCAACCUGGCUGUUUAAACGAUGCUGCCCAAGGAAUGCAAGAUUGAGCUUGUGUCAGCAAAGACUAAAUAUAUUGUUAUCUAACAACUAUGAAGUUUCUGCUGGUUUUUGACUUUGACUAUACGGUCAUAGAUGAAAACAGUGACACCUGGAUUGUGAAAUGUGCUCCUGAGGAAAAACUGCCUAACAAACUAAGAAACUCCUAUCAAAAAGGACAUUGGACAGAAUACAUGAGCAGGGUCUUUAGAUAUUUGGGAGACAGUGGAGUGAGAGAAGAUGAAAUGAAAAGAACUAUGACAACAAUUCCUUUCACUACAGGAAUGAGAGAUCUUUUAGAUUUUAUUGGCAAGAACAAAGAUUUAUUUGAUUGCAUAAUAAUUUCAGAUUCUAAUACAGUAUUUAUUGACUGGAUUUUAAAAGCUGCUAACUUUCAUGAAGUGCUUGAUGAAGUGUUUACAAAUCCUGCAACUUUCAGUGGCGCUGGCUAUCUUACUGUGCAGAAUUUUCACACUCAUCAUUGUGCAAAGUGCCCUAAAAACCUCUGCAAAAGAAAAGUGUUAGAAGAAUUUGUAGAUAAAAAGUUACACCAAGGAGUAAAAUAUACAAAAAUUGUAUAUGUAGGUGAUGGUGGGAAUGAUCUCUGUCCAGUAACUUUUUUAAAGAAGGAUGAUAUUGCUAUGCCCAGACAAGGGUACACAUUACAGAAAAUGAUUUCUCAGAUGUCUGAGGAUCUUGAUCCUGUGCAGUCUUCUGUUCUAGUUUGGUCUUCAGGUAUUGAAAUUCUGUCUCAUUUGAAAUUACUUAUGAAAGAGUAACUCAAACUAUAGAGAUGGGUAAAAGUAAAUUGGUAAAGGCGUUUUAUCUUGUGUGGAGUGACUAAUGCUAACCAUAUCUGUCUCAAAGCAUACAGUUACAAUAUUGGGAUACUAUUACCUGAAACUAAGGCAUUGAAAUACAGGCUAUAAAGUAUUGUGUUUACUCUUUACUGUAGUGGGAAAGUGAGCAUGUUGAAAUGGAUUAUUUAUUAUAUGGAAAAACACUUAGUAUGAGCUUUUUUCAUUCAUUUAAAUGGAGGGUGGCAGGGAGGGCACAGGGGGAAGGGAGCAGGGAGAAAGGCAGGAAAGAGGAUAAUUUAUUACAACUAUCUUUUUUUUUUUUUUUUUUUUUUCAAAUCUUGACUUUACCAGUUUGUGCAAAUUACUUCUCGUCAGAUAUUUAGGGGGAGAGGCAGGGUUAGUGCACAGAAUAAUGGUUUUUAAUGGAGGGUUCAUCUAUAUGUAUAAGUUAUAUUAGGCACUAAAAGCAAGGUACUGCCACUGUUGGUUUUGUAUAUUUGUUAAAGCAGCAAAAAUAUUUUAAUAUGUAAAUUAAUGUUUAUGGUCUUGUAUAUUUGGUUUAAAGGGACACAUUAGUAAAAUAUUUAGUAUUUAUUUUAAA